UUGGCUUUUUAUUGGCCUGCGCGGGGAGCACGUGACAAGCGGCCACAAUCGCCAUAUAAAAGAGGACGCGGGCUGACGCAGAACACAAGGAGAAUAUCCGAAUCACACAACAACACACCAACAUGAAAUUCGCCGUGUUUUGCAUCAUUGCCAGCCUGGUUUUGCUGGAGGUUUCGGCCCAGGGUGCUGGCGGCGACUGCCCCACCAUCUGCCCUCUGAACUACGCACCAAUUUGCGGCAAGAACAGCAAGGGCGAACUCAAAACCUUCUCCAACGAGUGUGGCAUGAGGGCUCAGAACUGCAACGGCAAAAAUGACUUUGCGCAGGAGAAGACUGGUGCCUGUGACUAAUUUCUGGCCCCGAGGCAUUUGCUGAUAUGAUUAAUCAAGAUGCUUGCAUUUAUUUUUUAAAAACCGUGUGAUUUUAUUAUUUGGAGGAAAUAAAUCCGUUUGCUUAUUCUGUCAACUAA